CACCACCACGCACUCACCUUACCAAUUUUCACGGCUGUAUACGCCAGAAUAUACCUCGUUAUUUCGCGAUUUUUCUCUAGGACAGCAGGGUGCGACCAUAGCGUGGAGACAAGACCUAUCUCAACAGGUAGUGCCAUUUUCGCCGGGUGUCAUCCCCCGAAUGCGCGUGAACUGAAAUGACAAAGCUCAACUUCGAUGUGGAUGAUGGAGACCUUCUGAAGGCAUAUAAGCUCUCUACGUCUUCCCCAAAGCAGUGGGAAGAAGUGGGCGAUGACCUGGACGACGCUAUGCUUAUGAGCCCUUCUAGUGGUGGGAUUGAGUACGAGAAUGACCCACUCGGCCUCAAGUCGACAGUAGAACUCCGCAAUAUGGACUCUGAGACCAAGGCUUCGGUGCUCAUCUCGUCCAAGUCGUUCAAGCCGAAGACCUUCCUGUCGGCCGUGCACCCGAACGCGACGUAUCAGGACCUCUCCGCCGGCAUCUCUCGCCUCAAGACCGCUAUCGACUCGCGUUCAGAAGCCAUCCGAGUACUCGUUGAAGAGAACUUUGAUAGGUUUGUUGCUGUCAAAGCGUCUACAGAUGGCAAGUUUUUUCGAAAAUCUCUUUACGCUGAAAUGCGCGAAGGCCUCCUUGUCGAAGGCAGCGAGCAUGGGACGAGACAGCUCCGCGACCACUUGAAGGCUGGUGCUCAGAAAGCCGAUCAAGUCUUCUUGCCCGUCCUGGAGAACUCUCUCAAAGCACAGAAGCUGCGGACAACUCUGGGUGUAUUCGAUCGCUCGCGGUUCUUCUUCAAUCUCCCAAGCUCUCUCAUGGAGUCUAUUGAAGUGGGCCGGUAUGAGGCAGCAUUACGAGACUACAAGAAAGGCAAAUUCAUGAUGGAGUCCCGGCCAGGGCAACUGCUGCCUAUAGGUUCGACAAAGGACGGUCAAGCAUCACUAGCAGCGCAGCAGCAGCAGAAACGAAUGUUGGAGAAAGUCUGGUUGGCAGUGGAGCGCGUCAUGGGCGAGAUGCGAAAUCAGCUACACGUCAAGCUACAAGAACCAUCACGAAGCGUAGAGGAACAAGAGAAAACGCUCGAAAUUCUGAUGGAACUCAGCCCCAAUGAGGAGCCUGUGUGGUCAUACCUCGAUGCUCGGCAUAAGCACACCAUGACUCAAAUGCGAGAAACGUACGACGCUUCGGUAGCUGUAAUCAAAGCGCUACAUGACAAGCCCACUGAUCAUUCUUCGGCGCCUGACAAACUCACGGAGUUACUUGCCUCUCAACUGAGGAUAUGUAUGAAUGCGCUUGAUUCAAAGCAAGCGGAUGCAGUUAUCGCUGAAGCAGGCGGCCAUGAAGUGUGGCAGGCUGUGCUUAACAUGGUCAAGAGCACGUCUGAAGUCAUGCUCAGUACGCUUCCUAACUUUUGGAAGAUCUCCACCGCGUUUCUGGACGGCAAAUACCGGAAGAACGUCACCAGUCACUCCAGGCGAAGUCCGUCACAAUGUCGCACCAUGGCCCUCGAUAUCAUCAGGCAGUACAUCACCCUUCUUUCUGAAUUCUUCACGUUCUCCGAGGUUGUGAUGUCUCCUGGCUUAAGCUCUAGCCCUGCGCCGCCGAUGCUCCCCAGGAAUUCGAACACGCUCACAACAAUGUACCAUCUCACGAAGAUCCUUGGUGAGAUACAAGAUUCUGCCAAUGAAGUCAGCAGUAUGGAGAUCUCUUCGGAAUCUACUUCAAGUUUGAAGAGCCUACUGGAAAGCGCAAGGUGGAAGUUCGACGAAUUGCUUGUCCAAGCUUGGGUGCGGGAUGCAAAUAUUUUUUACCUUCUCGAGAACUGGCGUGGCUCGACCACGGAACCACACAUUACCACCUACCUCUCCCAGAUUCGCCUCUUUCAACGUCAUGUCACUACAGGCGCUUUUAGAAUUGCCGGCGGUGUCGAUCUUUCAAGCGCGGCGGCUUCGACAUCUCGACUUGUCAAGCAGAAUCCAGUGCCGCAGACAUUCGUAUCGAGGAUAACCAAGGCCUUCUUGGAUACCGUGUACGCGUUUCUGGAUGGUAUGGUUCAUCUUGCGUCCGAUGAGUCGCCCAAAACUGCCGCAUUGAAGGGCGCGUCGGACGUCAACGCUAUCAACGAGCCAAAUCCUUUAGAGUUGCUGGACGUAUCGGAUUCAGACACACGAUUAUUAUUGGUAGUCUCCAACUUCGGCCACCUCUCUAAGGCUGUCAUUCCCGCUAUGAUCAACGAGCUCGAGAAUGCAUUUAAUAUCUCGAUACAGGAGGAACUACAAACAUUGUCGGCGGUCGUGGCGGAGCUGGACAAAACCCUGUUCGAAAGCUACGUCAGGCCGAAGGCGACCGCUCUGAUGGGUAUCAUCCGCACAGGAAUUCUGGACCCCGCGAUGGACUGGUACGAGACGCCACAGCCGAAAGAGAUUCGAUCAUAUGUCUUUGAGACUCUUGUAUAUCUCGUCGGCGUGCAUGCGCAAGUCAGCGCAGCGGCAGCCCCGCUGUUAGAUCGAACGCUUAACGCGCUAGUCGAGGACGUUGCAGAAGAAGCUCUGCGCUGCUUCCGCCAGGUUAAGAAGUUCGGCAUGGGCGGAAUGUUACGCGCAACGCUCGAGAUCGAGUUCGUGCACCAGACGCUCUCGCGCUACGUGACACCAGCGGCGGCUAAGACACUCGCGGAGCUGUACAACAGGAUCUCGCAGGCCUACGCGCGCAAGUCCGGCGACGAGAACCUGCAGACACACCUCGACGGCGUCAAGAAGACGCUCGCGGAGGCGCGCCGCGCGACAGGCAUCGAGUUCCUAUGCUUCCGGCAGACAAAGACUAGGGAGAAGGCUCUCGGCGUGUCUCCGGUGACACCGUCGACGCCGCGGCCCAGCGAGCGGCGAGAGCGCGAGAAGCGCCGAGAGCGAGAGGCAGAGGUGACGCCCGGUGUGGUCUGAUCGUAUUAUACCCCGUUAUGCGUAUUGGAGUAGCGAUGCAAAUACGUUCAGCGUCGGAUCAUGGAACAUGACAGGUGUGAGAUUGGCUUGUGCACUUCGACGAUCGGCGG